AUGGCAGAUGAAACGGAAAUUGUCAACUACCUUUUUAAACGCCUGUAUCAGCUAGGCAUCAGAUCGGUUCACGGCGUUCCGGGUGAUUUUAAUCUGGUUGCAUUGGAUUAUCUCGAUCCUGCCGGGCUAAAUUGGGUUGGAAAUUGUAGUGAACUAAAUGCCGGUUAUGCCGCUGAUGGUUACGCAAGGAUUAAUGGGAUAUCCGCCUUGAUAACAACGUUUGGCGUGGGAGAGCUUUCCGCGGUCCCUGCUAUCGCUGGCUCGUAUAGUGAACGCGUUUCCAUUGUUCAUAUCGUCGGCGUACCUUCAACUAAAACCGAAAAGCAUGGAUUGCCCAUUCAUCAUACCUUUGCUGAUGGCGACUAUUCUGCUUUUAAGAAUAUAUCAAAAACUAUAUCACAAGCUUGUAUUACUCUUGACGAUGCCAAGAUCGCAGGAAAAGAAAUUGAUAGAGUUUUACGAGCACUUCCCGUAGAUAUGGUCCUCUCAAAGACCCCGGCGCAAGGACUUGAUAAUCCGAUCGACCUCACUGUACCCCGAAACGAUCUAGACACUGAAACAGAAGCCGUUGAAGCAAUCAAGAAGGCGUUAUACGGGUCUAGUAACGCUAUUAUAUUGGUCGGCGUUGGGGCUAUGCAGUAUCGCGUUUUGAAAGAAGUGCAGGAAUUUAUUGAUCUGUCGCAACUCCCCGUCUUCCUCACCCCCAUGGUACGUGCCCCCAAGAAACCUCAAGAACAAAGUAUCAACACGGAUCUUAGAGUCAAUUCAGCGUUGUAUGGACAGGAGAAAUUGAUGUUGCACGUUGAGACAAGUGUUCACUCUCAAUUUCGAGGAGUGUAUAACGGCGAUGCAUCCGGGCCAGAAAUUCAACAAGCAAUUCAAUCCGCAGAUCUUGUCGUUUUCAUUGGCCCUUUGAACACCGAUUUCAACAGUGGGGGUUUCACUAGCUAUACAAAAACCAAAAAUACAAUCGAAUUUCAAUCUAAUUUCACCAAGGUCGGAUACGCAACCUACCUCGAUGUAGGGAUGAAGUUGGUUCUUCCGAGGAUUCUCGACUCAAUUGACGUUCGCAAAAUUCAACACCCACAAACUAAUAUAACCAAAGUGGAAAAACCAAUUGACGUGGAAGCAAAGAUUACAGAGCCUUCUGACCAAGAAGUUACCCAGCAAUGGUUCUGGGGUCAUAUUGGGGACUGGCUACAAGAAGGUGAUGUUGUAGUCGCAGAAACUGGUACCUCGAGCUUUGGCAUCAUGGAUACCCGCUUCCCGAAAGGAGUUACUGCUAUAACGCAGAUUCUUUGGGGUUCCAUAGGCUUUUCAGUAGGUGCUUGUCAAGGUGCUACCCUCGCUAUUGCAGAAAGCGAAAGGCCGACCCGUCGGGUUAUUUUGUUUGUAGGAGACGGGUCUUUCCAACUCACAGGCAACGAAAUUUCAACAAUGAUUCGACAUGGGUUGAAACCAAUAAUCGUCGUUCUUAAUAACGAUGGCUAUACCACUGAACGAAAAAUACAUGGGCCAGAGAUGAGUUAUAAUGAUAUUCAGCCAUGGAAGUACCGGAAAUUUCUGAAGGCAUUUGGAGCAAGGAAGGGCGAAUAUAAGAACUAUGUUGUUAGGACACAGUCUGAGUGCUAUGGUCUCUUCAACAAGGGGAACGAAUUCUCGAAAGCGAAUGUCAUCCAGGCAACUAGUUGA